UGUUUUAAGAGCGGCGGCGUAGUAAUCCUCGCGCGCGCAAAAGAGCGAGAGCGGCGGCGGGUUCUCGUGUCCUCGCGGUGUGCGCCGCUCGAGACAGAGACAGAGCGAGAGCGCUUGGCGCGCGCGCUGCUAGCGGCGGUGCCUUCGUGAAGCUCCUUCGAGCAUUCCAGAUCUUUAGAUGGGGCUGAGGCAAAGCGGCGCCCCCUGAAGAGAAGGCGGCCGGCCAGUGGGCGGACGGGCGGGUGUGCGUGCCUGCGUGCGAGCGAUCGGGCGAUCGGAGCCCCUGAGCGAGCAGAGGGGAGACGAGGCCAGCCAGCCGACCAGCUAACCGACGACUGCCUUGCCGGGAAUGGCUGUGUGGAAGAAAAAAAAUGAUGUCUCACGUGUUAGCCUAAAAUCCAGAUGAAGACAUGUAAGCAGCAGCAAUGCAGCACGUUUUGGAUAACCUUACGGAUUUGCCUCCAUCAACAGCAGCUGAAGAAAUAGACCUUAUUUUUCUGAAAGGAAUUAUGGAAAAUCCUAUUGUAAGAUCGCUUGCUAAGGCUCAUGAACGACUGGAAGAUUCAAAACUUGAGGCUGUAAGUGACAACAAUCUGGAAUUGGUAAACGAGAUUCUUGAAGACAUCAGUCCAUUAGUAAACAAAGAUGAAAACAUUGCAGAGUUGGUUGGCAUAUUGAAGGAACCUCACUUUCUGUCACUCUUGGAAGCCCAUGAUAUUGUGGCAUCUAAGUGUUUUGAGUCUCCUCCUUCUAGCCCAGAAAUGAACAAUUCUUCAGUGAACAAUCAGAUAGUACCAGUAGAUGCCAUUCGUAUACUUGGCAUUCACAAAAGAUCAGGGGAACCACUGGGUGUGACAUUUAGGGUGGAGAAUAAUGAUCUAGUAAUUGCAAGAAUUCUUCAUGGAGGAAUGAUAGAUCGACAAGGUCUUCUGCAUGUGGGUGAUAUCAUUAAAGAGGUUAAUGGGCAUGAAGUUGGAAACAAUCCAAAAGAAUUGCAAGAACUUUUGAAGAAUAUUAGUGGAAGUGUCACUCUGAAGAUUCUACCUAGCUACAGAGAUAAUAUUAUUCCCCAACAGGUAUUUGUGAAGUGUCACUUUGACUAUAAUCCAUAUAAUGACACUCUGAUUCCAUGCAAAGAAGCAGGGCUCAAGUUUUCCAAAGGGGAAAUUCUUCAGAUUGUAAAUCGAGAAGAUCCAAAUUGGUGGCAGGCUAGCCAUGUCAAAGAAGGAGGAAGUGCAGGUCUUAUUCCUAGCCAGUUUUUGGAAGAAAAGAGGAAAGCAUUUGUUAGACGUGACUGGGACAAUUCAGGUCCUUUUUGUGGAACAAUAAGUAGUAAAAAGAAGAAAAAAAUGAUGUAUCUCACAACUAGGAAUGCAGAAUUUGACCGUCAUGAAAUUCAGAUAUAUGAAGAAGUAGCCAAAAUGCCUCCAUUUCAAAGAAAAACACUUGUGUUAAUAGGAGCCCAGGGAGUGGGCCGGCGAAGUUUGAAAAACAGAUUUAUUGUACUAAAUCCUACUAAGUUUGGAACCACAGUGCCAUUUACGUCACGAAAGCCAAGGGAUGAUGAAAAAGAUGGACAAGCAUACAGGUUUGUGUCACGAGCUGAAAUGGAGGCAGACAUUAAAGGUGGAAGAUACUUAGAACAUGGGGAAUAUGAAGGAAACCUUUAUGGCACCAAAAUAGAUUCCAUCCUCGAAGUGGUUCAGACUGGCAGGACGUGCAUCUUGGAUGUAAAUCCACAGGCACUUAAAAUAUUGCGGACAUCAGAAUUUAUGCCCUAUGUUGUGUUUAUUGCUGCUCCAGAACUAGAGACACUACGUGCAAUGCACAAAGCUGUGGUGGAUGCGGGAAUUACAACAAAACUUCUAACAGAUACUGACUUGAAGAAAACAGUUGACGAGAGUGCACGGAUUCAGAGAGCAUAUAGCCACUAUUUCGAUCUGAUCAUUGUGAAUGACAAUCUAGACAAAGCCUUUGAAAAGUUGCAAACUGCUACAGAGAAGCUGAGGACGGAACCCCAGUGGGUCCCAAUUAGCUGGGUAUACUGACAGGUGUUUAGAAGACUGGUGUAAACACCACCUUAAGCUAGCUGAAACAUCAUACAAAGAAAAUGUUGUAUAGAGGUGCCAGAAUCCAGUGCAUUUUUAUUCUGUGUAUAUUCAGAUAAUGGUAUGCUAUUCCAAGUUUUAUACAAAAUGCUGAAGGGAAAGUGUACUUAAAUAUGUAAUUUAUUUUAAUUUUUCUAACUUUUUACAAAUAACCUUUCUAUUCAUAUCACAUGAAGGAAAUGCAUUGAAGCAUUUUAUAAAUGUUUUGAUUUACUACUUUGCCUUUACUUAUCUAAGGAACUUUCCAGUCAUUCACUUACACAUUUGGUCUUACAUUUUCACUGUGAUAAGGAAAAAAAUACUUGAAAAAUGGUUUUUGGUUUUUGUUUUAACUAAAUUGAUCAUUUCAUCUGGUCAGUUUUACCUUAUUUAGGAGCAGACACUAAUCCUUAUCCUAAUAAACAUGUCAGUCUUCUUAAUAUGAGUAGAAUUUUCAAUAAUUAAGAAGCAACCAGCACUGAGCCAUGUUACCAAGACCUUUUUGCUUAAUAUUUAUACAUGCGUUGCAGUUGUCCUGUUUUAGACAAGUGUACUGUACUUUCCUGUAUAUGUUAUCUUUUUACGAAAAGUAAAAGCAAUACCUUGAACUUUCCCUGGGAGGCUGCUUUGACAGGCCAACAUAUCGAUCCAUUAGAAUAAGUAUUACUUUUUUGAAGAAUUACGUAAUGUAAGUCAUUGUAUUUGGAAUCAUGGUGAAGUAGCCUAAGAGAGCCUUAUCAUACAGAGCCUUGCAGUGAGGCUCAGCAUGUACAGUGUUUGUUCUUACUUGUGAAAAAUCAUUGCUUCAAACAGAACCUGCUUUUUUAAUGAUGACCCUACUCUGUAUUUGUAUAUUGUUCUGUGAUGGGCUUUAAUUUUAAACCAGAAUAUUUAUGAGUGAUUAUGUGUGUUUAUGAAAUGUGAUGUGAUGGGACUUCUGAGCUAUCUGUUACCUUGUGUUAAACUGCUUUAUUCACCAAAUAGCUUGUGAACUAAAGUUAUUGUCAGAUACUAAAAUUCAGUGUUAUUUAUAAGUGGGUUAAUUUUUGUUUUACAAACAUUUGUUUUACAAUGUUCAUAAAACAUUGUAAAAGUCUUCUCUUUAGUAGAUGAAUUGAUUCAUAUUCUCUUAGGUUCAUUUUCAUUGAUCACUUAAACACUUGCUCGUGUACAUUCUGUGUAAUGAAUAGGGUUGUCUGCAGAAUGUCACAAAAAUCAGCCUAGUCUGGUGACCAUAUUUUAUAUUAAGCUUGCUGUUGUAAAUAUGCCCAUUCAGCACGAUCAUGCUAGGUGCUUGAGUCAGUUGUCAUCUACCCAUCUCAUUGAUUUUUCAAUUUGAGGAGAGGCACUUGGCUUCAGAGUUUAUUUUCAACACCAAAGUAUCAUGCACAAGAUGCCAACAAAGGAGACUUCUUGGAAAAGGCUGAGAAAGUGCAAACAAAUUCUUAACCUUUUUGGUUUUUAAACGUUUUGACUGUGCACAAGAAAACAGGGUUGGGAUAGUUUUUAUUUUAUACAAAGAUAUGAUAAGACACCAAAAAGGUAUUAUAGAUUAAAAACCUUUAAGGUAUUUUUUUAAAGACUUAAGUAUAUUUUGUAAAUGUUAUGCAAAUAAUUGCAUAUCUUUGUCUUAAUUGCUGUUGGUACUUAGAUUUUAGCUUUCAACAAUAUAAGAUAUUUUUUAAGAAAUGUAUUAACUUCUGUUGCAUCAAAUCUAUAAAUAAAUAGGCUGAUUUUAAUUAUUCAAAAAUGUAUGCAGCUAAGUUUUAAGUUAUUUUCAUGAUCCAUAACCAGAAUGCCACUUCAAAAGUUAGUGUCCUGCAGUUUUGAUGCCAUUGUAGGAAUAAGGGAUGAGGUACAGUGUAAUAACUACUUUUACUGGUUUUAGCUUUGUUUGAGUGGACACUUAAGUGCAAGAAAUUAGUGAACCUUAACACCAAAUGUUUACUCUUUGCUCCUUUGUUUUCCAGUACUUUACUGGGUGGCAUUCCAGUAGGCUUGGUCGUAUUCCAUCUAGCCAAAUUGAAAUAGAAGGCUCAAGUUGAAUUUAGGUAGCCAAGACUGCUCUCUUGCUUGAAAUAUCAGCAAAACCAUCUGGAGGUGAGGGAGAAGAGUCCUAAAUCUGAAUAUUUAUUUAAUCUGCUUGAAGUUCCAUUUUAGUUCAGCACUACAGAUUUGUAUGACUCACUUUGGUUGGAAACCAGGAGUUAAGUAGUAAACAGAUCUUAUAUUAGAAAAAGAUCUGUGAAUAAUUUAACAGGACUUUGUUUUUGGUAUUAAAACCAGAAGCUUAGAAUACAAAUGGUGUUGCCCACAGAAAAUAUAAAGAAGGCAAAGUAUGAUGAAACAUUAGUAUUUGUCUUAAUUAUGGUCAGAUAAUUUGUUAAAGCUAAGAAGCAUGUCUGAUCUCUCCAGACGCAGAUUUCAUGCUGCUACUUUUUGAAGAUCUUGAAAGAACUGAUUGUAUUAACACAGGGGUAGGCAACUUGUGGCCCUCCAGAUUGUUUUUGCUUACACUCCCCAACAUAGUCAAUGGGAUGAUGGGAGUGAUCGGCCAAAACACCUGGAGCCAAAACACCACAAGCUGCCCACCGCUACUUUCUUAGUACUUGAUUUUUUUAGAUGCAGUCUUGGUACAAAGUUGGUGCAGCUGUUCAAACCACCAGUGUCAUUGCCAUUGUGCAAUGAGAAACAAGUCCAUGCCAUAGGUAGGCAUAUCUGUCUUUAAUACGAAUGCAUGUCCUUGCAUCAGGUGGCAGAAGAACGUUUUGAACUGUGAUGCCAAAGGAGGGUUGUGCUAGCCCCUCCCUUGCUAGUUUUCAAAAAGUAAUUUUAUCUUCCACACCAUAGUGCCGCAAUUCAGUUUUUUCUGCACUUGUACUUUCAAAUACUGAGUAUGCAGAAUUUGAAACUUCUAAAUGCAACACCCAGUGUAUUCCUUGACACUGUAGGGUAGUGGAAAGGGGGAUACACCAGCCAAAAUUCUAGUCCUCUUGCUGUGGACAGUGCCAUGAUGGUGUGUUCAAUAUGUCAGGUGAGGAGUAUACCAAAAGAUGAUAAAGCUCAUCGGUAGAUCACCUGCUUUGCCUGUUAAUGGCCCAAGGUUCAGUCAGUUCCAUCUUCAAGCAGUGCUGGAAAAGACUUCUCUGAAACUAUACAGUUGCAGCUUUCAGUUCAGGCAGUAUUGAAUUUAAAUAUGCCAAUAGCCUGACUUGCUAUAAAAGAGCUUCCUAUGCAUGGAGACGGCCUCCCCUCCACACACACAGACACACGUACGUUGGAAGUUAGAACAAAGGCUUGCUAUAUUUUGUGCUUUUGAGGGCUCCUUUUUAUAAGAAUCAAGUAUUAUUUUCCAGACUUUUCCUUCAUUACCUAAGAAAGUUAGAUGAAUGGAGGUGAUUUCACAUGUUUUCCAAACUGCAGAAUGUAUAUUUAUGAGAAAGACAGUACAUCAAGUAUAGACAGGAAAAAGUUACUUAAAUUUUAACCCUGAUAGGCUGCUUCUGCUGGAGUUGUCUCAAACUAAUUAUUUAUGUAUUGAAAUACAUAGGUAUUGUGAAAGUUUGGAAGAACUAUUGAGUGUAGAAAACUAUUAAAAUUGCAUUGAUACUUUAAAAUCCACAAGCAAAACUGCAUAUGCUCAGUUUUUUAAUAAAAGUGAGCUGCAUAUCAUAGCUAAUUCAUACACUCAGAGUAGUUUUUAAACCUGAACUCUAAAAUGGCAUCUUGAAUUCAGUGCAGUUCAUUGAGAGGUAUACAGUGUGAGAAAUGUAAAUCAGGUUUACAUUCAGGUGUUUUUUUCCUGUUUUGCCUGCAGUGUUUUCACUUAAAAUACUAAUUGAUAUAAAAAUAUUAAAGACUGCAGAGUUUAUGAAGAAGGCUGGUUAAGGCCCUAGGCAAAACUAAUUUCAUUUUAAAGGCAUUUAAGUCAUCAAUAAGUAUCCAGUUACUUGAUCUUUUGAAAAGCAGAGCUGCUAUUCUAUUUAAUAUGUUUCUAAAUGUGCAAAUACAAUAUAAUAUAGCGAUAGACUAGUCCAUUUUAACAUAAGAAAGUUUAGGAGAAAUCUAGUUCCCAACGUAUAAGGCUUGAGUGUAAAGAUUACAAGAGUGAAAUUAGUACAGCCAAAUCUUGUCACAGGCUUGCAAACUUGAACCUAGGUGUUGAUGAAUAGCAGUCAGCCCCCUUUCCAUUUUAACCACAUGUGUUCAUGCCUGAGGAGAACCAGCAUCUCUAGUCAAUGCACUGGUCCCACGCAUGGAUCAUGGAUUUAAAUGUUAUGUGCGCAUGCCAAAGCAUAAGACAGAAACAAAGAUAAACGUAAAGGAAAUUCCUCUACUGGUAUCUGGAAGAGACCUCAUGAUUUGGGAUCUUCAGUAUGGCCUACAUUGGGAAACACUGAGAAAAUAGAACAUUUUUUACAUUCUUUCAGAAACAUCAUCCCAAAAGAAGGUAAUGGUCAUUUUCUUUUUCCUAUGCCCACCCUUGCAUAUUAUAUUUAAAAGUGUGGCUUUUAUUUCUGCUGUGAACUCCUUUUCUUGGCUUUUUAAUUAAAAUUCAGUAUUUCCAAUAUGGCCAUAAAAGCGGUAAAAAUAAAAACAAAGCUUUACAUUUUGUCUCAUUUUUAAAAAUAAAUAGCACCUAUGAAAACAAGGAACAAGAAGACUUACAGGAUUUAAAUCUUCUCAGUAUUUGGUACUUCAAAAAUGUAAGUUUAUCAUCUGACUGGUUGUUGAUUUGUUUGCCUCAUAUGGCUUUACUUAACAUUAUCAGAAGUAGAUAAAGGAAUUGCUUUUCAGCCUCUUGCAGCUAAGGGAAUUAGUAACUUUCAUUUAACAGUGAAAUGUUCCCUUCUGAAUAGGAAUAGGUUAGAGUUAGUAGUAGCAUGGCAGAGAACCAGGAUCAGUCUUCCAGGAAUUAAUCUUUCUAGGUGUUGCUUCUUUUUUAAGUUUAAGGACAUGAGGGAAGUUUGAUUAUGGCUAACCUUAAAUAUAUCUUACCUGUGUUAGUACAAAAAUGGUUAGACUUCACUAAAUGGCAGUGUACUUGCAAGAGAAAAGACUUUUGUACUGGCAUCUGUAUUAAACUAAUGCAAAUUGGAUGCUGACAUGCAUUUUCUGUGAAUACGUAAGUGGGCAUCCCUUCAAGAACCUACACUUUUUUUUCUUUUUUGGGUGGCGGAGCAUGUUAGGUUUAUAAGGAUAGGUGGCAGAAACCCAUUAUGGGAGAGAUUACCCAUUAGUAUUUCAAAUCCUGCCAAGGUUCUACAAUUCAACAUUCUGGUUGCUUGGACUUAAGUUUUCGUGAAACAUCUGCACCUUGUUUGGUUUCUGUAUGUACACCAAUGUUACCAUGCAUUAUUUAUGCAAUAUAUGAUUACAACAGUGAACUUGGUUGCUAGGAGUCUAAGGUAUCCCUUCUCCACUACUAAUCAUAGAAAAACUCUUAUCUGUCAGCCACACUAAGUUUAAAAUAUGCUAAUAAAAGAGCAUGGGAGAAUUACUGAAUAAUCUGCUAAGAAGUACUGUAAAAACUAUUUGGCUGCCUAUAACAACUGUUGAAAAACAACCCCUGAUGUUUUCACACUAAAAAUAAUGUUAUUGUGUAUAAUUGUUGAAAUGUACAAAGCUGUGAAAACCUGUUAACUCCUAAUAAAAUAUUUUUGUAUAUAUGAAAUAAACAUUUAAUACUAGAAAAA